AUGUCUGGCGGGGCGCCCCGGAGGCCAAGGCCCUGCGGUCUCUGCGUCUCUUUGUGCGCGUCGUCAGGUGGCCGCCGCCCUGCGUUCUGCGGCAGCCUCUGGGAGGGGAGAGCCGCGCUGCCCGCCCCGGCCGCCCGCUCCGCCCCAGGCUCCAGGUCCCCGGCCGCGCUUUCCGCAUUCCCCGCGUUGGAGGAAGGCCCAAGGAGCCGGCCGCUCCGGGAUGGACGCGCUGGGCCUGGCGGGCGCGCUGGUGACUGCUUAGAGAAAUUUCUGCACAGCCCCCCAGCAUCUGAUGAGAUUCGUGAAUAAGCCAGUCAAACAUGUCUUACACUCCGGGAAUUGGUGGGGACCCUGCCCAGCUGGCCCAGCGCAUCUCUUCCAACAUCCAGAAGAUCACUCAGUGUUCUAUGGAAAUACAAAGGACUCUGAAUCAACUUGGAACACCCCAAGAUUCUCCCGAAUUAAGGCAACAGCUGCAACAGAAGCAGCAGUACACUAACCAACUUGCCAAAGAAACAGAUAAAUUGAUUAAAGAGUUUGGAUCUCUUCCCACCACUCCCAGUGAACAGCGGCAAAGGAAAAUACAGAAGGAUCGCUUAGUGGCUGAAUUCACAACUUCGCUGACCAACUUUCAGAAGGUCCAGAGGCAAGCUGCUGAGAGAGAGAAGGAGUUUGUUGCUCGAGUAAGAGCCAGCUCCAGAGUGUCUGGUGGUUUUCCUGAGGACACCUCAAAAGAAAGGAAUCUUGUAUCCUGGGAAAGCCAAACUCAACCUCAAGUGCAGGUGCAGGAUGAAGAAAUUAUGGAGGAUGACCUCCGCCUCAUUCAGGAGAGAGAGUCUUCUAUUCGGCAACUUGAAGCUGAUAUCAUGGAUAUUAAUGAAAUAUUUAAAGAUUUGGGAAUGAUGAUUCAUGAACAAGGAGAGGUCAUAGAUAGCAUAGAAGCCAAUGUAGAAAAUGCUGAUGUGCACGUUCAGCAAGCAAACCAGCAGCUGUCAAGGGCAGCAGAUUACCAGCGCAAAUCCAGAAAAACCCUGUGCAUCAUCAUUUUUAUCCUUGUCAUUGGAGUUGUGAUUAUCGGUUUCAUCAUAUGGGGAGUGAAAGGCUGAAAUGUUAAAGGAGCACACUUUGGCACUACAUUACUUAAAUUAUGUAGGAAGAUUCCUGUAAUCAUGUUUUUGUUUUUCUUAUUGUAAAGCUAUUAAGUAAAGGAUGGUUCCCUACUUUGUUAUUUUUAUUUGCGGGAAGUUUCCUUUGAAUUAAAUCUGAUAUUUUCUAAUACCAAGAGUUUUUCUAAAUAUCUCUGCUGGCAUAACUCCCCUGCUUUUCAGUCUAGUAACUGCUGGGUUUUGCCCGCUUUUGUAGAUGCCUUUCAUUUUUAAUUUAUUUACUGUUGACUUAGUCUAUAUGUUUGACUGUAUAUUACUGAUUGGAAUUUGUAAAUUUAAAGAUGUUGAUGCCCUGUGCCCAUCUCUCUUUCAUUGUCACGUGCAUCCAGAUUUGUGUUACCUCAAUUAAAAAAUCUGAAAUUUAAUUUUGACUUUUGGGCCAGCAGAGGAAACAUUCUCAAUAACUAAAAAAAAUAAUGUAUGUUUGUGUGUGUGUGUGUGUGUGUGUGUGUGUGUGUUUCUGGUUCACAACAGCACAAAUUGCCUAUUUAAUUUUUAUUGUUUGUUUACUCUUAAGACCCUUAUGAAAUCAGUGAAUAAUUUUGUAAUAUAUCUCAUACUCCCAAUGUGCGUAUAUUAAGCAUGUGUCAUGAAUUGCCUAGUAAAAUACUGAAGAUGGAUUGUUUUUACCUAGGCUCUUGUAAGUCUGACAAAUACUGGGGAAAGUGUAGUCACUGUAAAUGCUUAUUAUAAUUUGGGAGGAGAAUAUGAAAAAUCAUUAUUAUGUUUGGAGUCUAAAGAUCUGAAUUCAGUCUGCUAAACCGUCUUGAAUAAUGCGGUCUGAUUUUAUGAGCCGCUCUGUACCCUCCCUUUUGUCCUAUGUAUCCUGGGGUCAAAAUUAGGUCAGGAAAAGUAACUUUCCCAUGAUUAUCAUUUUUGAGCACCUAACACUUAAAAUGUAGUGUUUAACGUGUUUGCCAUUUUGUGCCAUUUUUCGUUGGAAAAGGAAUCGGAUGUUUUGCCAAUUAACUCUCUUGCCUUUUUAAAUCAAUAUUAUUUUAAUGCACUAUUCUACUGUAAAAAGCACUAUCUUAAUUCAUAGUUUGUAUUUUAUAAUGUUCUUGCAUAACAGUUUGAUAGUGAAGGCAGUGUUUUACAUGGCAAGCUCUGAACUUCAAAUGGGAACAAAUAAAAUGUGAAGCAACUAAGUAAAUUGUAUCCUUGCAAUCAAAAUAAAGGUGAUUUCAAAGGA